AUGGCUCAUACAUUUUUUCGCAAAUUGUUGACAUACGUAUCCUCUGAAGAUGAUAGCGAUGUUGUUCUUAAUGAGGAGGCUGAUGGACAGUCAUCGAGGCAUCGUGACAAUCGCCAAAGUCGAAAGUUUAUUCGGCAUGAUCAUAUUCAGGGGCACGAGCGCCUAUUUCGCGAUUAUUUUACAGAAAAUCUAGUAUAUCCCUCGAAUCUAUUUCAAAUGAGAUUUUGGAUGAGCCGUCCCCUAUUUCUCCAUAUUCUAAAUGAGAUAGAGUAUUACGAGCCAUACUUCGUCCAUAGAAGAGAUAAUACUGGAAGACUCGGUUUAUCUUCUAUGCAAAAGAUAACUGUAGCACUUAGAAUGAUGGUGUAUGGGGUUACUGGAGAUUUUAUGGAUGAAUAUAUACGCAUUGGUGAAAGCACCGCAAUAGAGAGCCUCAAAAAAUUCUCUGAGACAAUAGUAAGUGUUUUUUCAGAUGAAUAUAUGUGGUCUCUAAAUGCCAACGAUAUUACCCAAUUGUUUGCUGUUGCUGAACAACAAGGAUUCCCUAGAAUGCUGGGAAGCAUUAACUGCAUGCAUUGGAAGUGGAAAAAUUAUCCCGAAGCCUGGAAAGGUAUGUACUCUGGCCACAUCCGUGAACCUACUGUUAUUUUAGUAGCAGUUGUUUCAUAUGAUCUCUAA